GCGCGCACGUAUCGCACGUUGGUUUUCGAAAACAUUUCCCUUUCGAGUUUAGUUUCCCAGGAAUCGCAAUCUACGCGCGCACAGUUUUCUGACUGCGUUCGGUGCACUUUAAUCGUCGUCGUUUUUGUUGUUGUUUUGUGGUUCUGCAGUUUAUUAUCAUUAUUUCGGUUACCUUUUUGUGAGCGGGCCUUCCCGAAAGACACCCCGAGGAUCGUCACAAUUGGGUGGUUUCGGUCGUAUUCUUAACGAGUAGCGAAGCGAGUGUGAAUGGAUGUUCGCUCAACCUUGCCCGAAGAACGGUGAAGAAGUCGUGAAUUGAAGUUGGGUGUGUGUCAAAAAAAAUAUUUUGGGUUUUGCGCAAGUGACGACAAUCGCAGCAAGCGAGAGAACAGCCAACAAGCAAGAAAACGAGUAAGCAACCGAAGUAAGCAACGAAAAAAGUGCCAAAGUGCGAUACAAUCGUGCUUUUUGCUUAAUUGGAUAAUUAUCGCUUGGCUGAUCGCGCAGGAAUCGAUCGCCGGUGACGGAAAUGUGCUGUUUUGUGUGAGAAUUGGUUUGCAGUCGCUUGAAGCCGAGUUGUUGGCGUUGAAUGGUGGAACGAGCGCGAACUAAUCCGAAUCGCGAGUGACGCGUGGAUUAUGGUAUGCGCAGCACCUGUCGCACGGAAUGUACUACGCCUGGCAAUAAACGCACCGACACCAAUCGUGAUUUAGGAAAAAAAAAAUUGAAAAAAUCGUGCCCCUUAGAAAAAGGAUUGAAAACCAAGUGACAACUUAACACGGUGUAAUUAUCUGUCUGUGUGAAUUGAAUGUGUUGUGUACUACAAAACUAACUGAAGAAUUCAGCAAAUCAUCGGAAUUGGAAAUGUGAUCGUGUGGAAUUCGAAGCAAUAAAACCGAAAUGGCCAAUAACAACAAGCAGUAACAACAACAGCUGAUUGCCAACUGAUUUGAAAGUGCGCAAAUUUGAAACUACUGAAUAUUCAAAAGCUUAAAAAAGUGCAGUGUUACAGAAAAAAAGGUUGCCGGUAAUUUGGCAAAUUGUUUUUUUUUUGUGUUCUAAUUUGAGAACCAAGUUCAGCGAAAGCAUUGAGCAUCCAAUUAAUAAAAUCGUAGACAACGACAGUGACCUGGAAAAGUGGAAGUUUUGUGUGCUAAGGUGAGAGAUACUGAUCGAUCCAAAAGUGCAGUACAGCAACAGUUCGAUUGAAACCUAUCGAGGAAGACUUUACUAUCAAACGAACGGAAUGGAGUCCGAUGGAGAACGUGAUAACAACGGCUAUGGCCAUUACAAUUCUCCACAACACCCACAAUCAGCACAGCAAAGCUACCACCGCACAUACGAGGAUUACAUUCAUCCGAUGCAACAGCAGCAGCAACAGUCCGGCCAAAAUCAGCAAAGCCAUCAGUCACAGCAGUCACAAAACACAACUACCGGAAGCCCGAUUCCGGGUGGACAACAUCCGGGCGCAGCGGGAUCAAUGCUAGCUCCCCAGAGCCCCAGCAUGCUUGGCGCCUCCGGCCCAAACGGGAUGAUGUCCUCGCCACUGAUGCAAUCUCACUCGCCGUUGCUUUCAUCAAACGCUUCCCUGCUGAACUCCCAAUCCCCGCUGCUGUCCAACUCACCGCUAAUGAGUCAGUACUCGCCCUAUCAGGACGUUAUACCGACGAUCCUGCCACAGGACGACCCCGGAGGAUGGGGUGGCUACACACUGGCCCCGGGACCCUACCAAAAUGAAUUCUGUGCUUCCAACUACGGAGUGCUUCACCAGCGACAGCAGUACGGGGGUCCAGGAGGUCCCGGAAAGAUGGGACCCCACGGGACCCUCAAGAGUGCCAAGGAGGCUCGCAUCCGGAGGCCCAUGAAUGCCUUCAUGGUGUGGGCAAAGGUCGAGCGGAAAAAGCUGGCCGACGAGAAUCCCGAUCUACACAACGCCGAUCUCAGUAAAAUGCUAGGUAAAAAAUGGCGGUCGCUAACACCUCAGGAUCGGCGACCAUUCGUGGAAGAAGCCGAGCGGCUGCGGGUGAUCCACAUGACCGAGCAUCCCAACUACAAGUACCGACCAAGGCGUCGGAAGCACACGAAAGCCCGCACCGGUGGCCCCGGUUCCAAUGGAGCAGGAACCGUCGUUGGCCAGCAUGGUGCCGGCAAUGCUCAGAAUAACAAUGUGAGUAAUUCCUCGCCCAGUGAGCUGAAUUUUGAUGGGGACUCUUCGCAGCGCAUGAGUCCCUACACCUACAAUCCGCAUUACUACUCGGGAGCGAAUAAUGUGUUGAACACCCCGGACUCGAGUCCAACGCAAAGUCCCGAACCCAUAGUACCCGCGGUUGUCUCAGUGAGUGCCUCGGUGAAUAAUCGGAAGCACAAUUCCAAUACUGUGGACGUCAAUCAGAAGCUUGACGAUGUCUCAUCGGCUCUUCCGACUCCCGAGAUGAGCCCACUGGAGCUAGAGAAGGAAGCCUACAAUGGUCUUCACGCCAGUCAUAGCUACGACGAUUUGAAGAGCAAACAAAAGCUGACGUAUGACUACAGCAAUAUCAAAACGGAACAGAAACUACCCGCCACCUUCCCCAAUAGCUACGAUCAUGACGUCGAUAUCAAGCGAGAGUACCAUAACGGGUCUCCGUACAUGAACGCCAUCAUCGAUAAACGGUAUCCAUACGAAUCAUCUCUUUCCAACGGUCUUCACGAGAAGCGAAACUAUCUGUGCGCGACUUCGGGAUCCGCAACGACCACAGCGAUGGUCAACGGCAUGUAUGUGAUGUGUACCAACCGCAGUAUCUUAGAACAGGGCCCAGUAGUAACCGGAACCUAUUUCCCACCACUCGCCACUUCGGAAGAUCAUCAAACGCUAGGUGCAACGAUCAGCACGAGCCACAUAUCCCAUCUCAGUACAAACAGCAAUAGCAGUAGUAGUAACCAACACAGCAAUAGCAUCCACAACUCCCUCAUCGGAUCGCCUACUAACAGUCUGGGAAAAUCAUCGAACGGCGUUCUCAGCAACAUCCAUCUGAACAGCUCCACCAGCUCCAGUCAACUGGCAGCCCAGCAAUCGCCUCACCACAACUCUCUCACGGCUGAACAGAUCAACAGCUACUACGGCGUCAACAGCCUCUCAUCGUCAGUCCUUCCUGCGUACUCUUACGCCUACAAAGACUACGGCAUCACCUACGAAUCACACCCUAUGACUACAUCAGAUGACGUAGACUCCCGGGAGCUGGACAAGUACCUGACGUAUCCGGACAGCAAUCACAAUUUCAACAGCUAUGAAUCCUACCAUCACCCCGGCAAUACGGCAAUCUACGGUCAUCCCCAGAGCGAAUACUACAACUAUCACCAGCAGAACGCCAACCUGCUAGCUCAACAGCAGCAGCAACAUCAACAGCAACAGCAACAACAAAAUCAGCAACUGUCCUUAGGAUCAGCUUCGCCAGCUGGCAGCGGUAACUCUGGCUCGAGCAACUCCAAAAUCGACGGUAUGAUAGGAGGAUCCAACUCUUCCGGCCUUCCAACAACACCGGUAGCUCUGUAUGCCCUGCCCCUUCAGCACUCGCAACUUGCUGCGCAGCAACAACAGCAACAACAACAACAGCAGCAGCAGCAGCAGCAGCAACAACAUCAGCAACACCAACAGCAACAGCAUUUGGGUCACCUAGGGGUUCACCACCAAGCUGGACUCGCGCAGCAUCAUGGUAUGGCUGAGCUGUACGUUACUGGAGCAGAUCAGCAGCAGCUGAAGGAGGACGAAUUCAGCAAUAUCCUGGCCGGUGUGAGGAAAACUUGCUACAGCAACUGAAAGGUUUUGAUUGGGAGUAAGAAAGAGUUGCUUUCUAGAGUCGGAACUUGGGAAGUUUACUGAACCGUUUCAUGUUCAAGAGUCAGGAAAGUUUGGAAGACUUAAAAAAAAAACUCUGACUUAGCCCGGAGUAAGGGAUUUUAAAUGUGGAAUCAGAUUCAGAAUUCUGCAUCCCAGAUCAGGAACCCAUUUUAAGUUAAAUUUCAAAAUCCAGAUUAUGAUUUAGACUUUGAGUUUGGAUUAUCAAUUAAGCUUCAGAAUUCACCUUCAAAAUUCAAACUUCAGAACUCUGGAUAAGAAAUUAAAAUUGAGGACUCCGAAUUCUCAAUUUACGUUCAGAGCUUGGAUCAAAAAAUUAUAAUUGAGUAUUUAGAUCUCAGAAUCAGAAUUUAGAACUCAAAAUCCAGAGUUUAAAAUUCAGAACUCAGCAUAUUGAGAACUCAGAACUCAGCAUUCAGGACGCAGAGCUCAAAACUCAGAAUUCCGAGCUUAGACCUCAAAACUCAGAGCUCAAAAUCCGGAUUUAAGAAUUCAAUUUUGCGAGCUUGGAAUUUCAAAAUUUAUUAUUCGAUAUUCGAAAUUCAGAAGAUGUCAGAAUUCAGAACUCAAAAAUUAGAUAUCCGAAAUCAAACCGUCAAUUCCAAACUCAAUAUUAUGAAUUUUAAGCUUGGAUUUGAAAAUCAGAUUUCAAAACUCUGAAUUUAUGAACCGUUUCAUUUUCAAGAGUCAAUAGUUUCGAUGAUUUAAAAAAUAAACUCGGACAUAGCCCUGAGUAAAAGAUUUGAAAUCAAAACUCAAUAUAAAGAAUCAGGUAUGGAAUCAGAUUCUGGAUUCGGCAUCCAAGAUCAGGAACCAAAAUUUAGAACUCUGGAUGAAGAACUUAAAUUGAGGACUCUGAAUUCUUAAUUUGCAUUUAGAACUUGGUAUCGAAAAUUCAUCAUUGAGUAUUCAGAUCUCAGAAUCAGAAUUUAGAACUCAAAAUCCAAAGUUGAGAACUCAGAACUCAGCAUCCAGGGCGCAAAGCUCAAAACUAAGUAUUCCGAGCUUCUACUUCAAAACUCAGACCUCAGAAUCAAGAUUUAAGAAUUCAAUUCUCCAAACUCAGAAUUUCUAAAUUUAUAAUCCGGUAUUUGAAAUUCAAAAAAAAUUCAGAAUUCAGAACUCAGAAAUUAGAUAUCUGAAAUCAAACUCUCAGUUCCUAACUCAGAACUAUGAAUUUUAAUCAUGGAUUUGAAAAACAGAAUACAAAACUUCGAAUUUCUGAACUGUUUCAAUUUCAAGAGUCAAUAGUUUGGAUGAUUUAAAAAAAACUCUGACUUAGCCCAGAGUAAAAGAUUUGAAAUCAAAAUUCAAAAUAAAGAUUCAGAGAAGAUUCAUUUUCAGGUUUAAUUUCAAAAUCCAGAUCAUGCUUCCGACUCAAAAUUUGGAUUUUCAAUUUCGCUUCAAAAUUCUUCUUCAAAAAUUCAAAUUUCCUAACUCUGGAUGAGGAGCUAAAAAUCAGGACUCAGAAUUCUUGCGUUGAGAACUUGGAAUCGAAAAUUCAUAAUUAAAUAUUCAGAUCUCUGAAUUAAGAACUCAAAAUCCAAAGUAGAGACCUCAGAACUCAGCAGAACGCAGGCUCAGAACUUUAAACUCAGGACUCUGAGCUUAGACUUUUUGUAAAUUUAUUUUCGGCAUAUUGGUUAAAAUGUAUAUUUUUGAAGAAAGAAUAUCGCUCUUUUUUAAUCAUCUGUUAAGUUUCUCCUAACUUUUCUAUCCAUCUUAAUAAUUUUUCAAUUCUGAUUUUUUUUCUACAAAAAUAUACAUUUUCUUUGUUAUGCCGAAAAUAAAUUUACAAAAAGUCUAAUCUCGGAGUCCUGAGUUUUGAGUU